UGCCGCCGCGCGUCGAGGGACCGGAGGCCGCCGAAACCCUGCAGAUACUCGUCAACGACACGGCGACCAUCCGCUGUCCAAUCACGGCCUCGCCGCCGCCCGUCAUCGCGUGGUCGCUCAACGGCGCCCCCUUGCGGCGGUCGGACAACGUCGUCGUGGAGGAUGGCGGCGGGAGGCUGCGGAUCGUGCGCGUGAGGGUGGCGGACUCGGCGCGCUACACGUGCACGGCGACGAACGUGGCCGGCAGCACGGAGAAAGACUUCGAUCUGGUCGUGCUUGUACCGCCUCGCAUCCCAGACUCACGGCCCGGUGCCGGCAACACCAUCGUCGCCAUCGUUAACGAAACGAUGACGAUCGACUGUCCGGCCGUCGGUCACCCGAUGCCGGACAUCACGUGGUACCGCGCCGGUCAGCCGCUGGUGGCCAGCGAGCGGCUUCAGCUGGACUACGACCGGCAAAUGCUGAGGGUCAGUGGCGUGAGGCUAUCUGAUACGUCCGACUACACGUGUGAGGUGACCAACAUCGCGGGCAAGGCUACGAAGCUGUUCGAUGUGCAGAUCUACGAUGCGCCAAGGAUCGAUCCUAGCACGCCGACGGAGAUGCAGGUCAUUCAAGGUCAGCAGGCGACGCUUCCGUGUCCGGCGUACGGCGUGCCGACGCCCGUCAUCAGCUGGUACAGACACGGAAGGAGUCUCAACGAUGGUCUUACAAACUUCAAGAUGCUGGCAGCAGGAGCGAUAGAGCUGGAGGAUGCCCAGCCCGCAGACUCCGGCAUGUACACGUGCGUGGCUUCCAACCACGCAGGCAACGCCAGCCACGAUAUACUCUUCACUGUACUAGUGCCACCUACGAUCGUGCGUUCGUACAUCACCGACGACCUUGAGGUGACCGUGGAGGACGCCGUCACGCUGCAAUGUGAGGUGAAGGGCAUACCGACGCGGAUAUUCAGUGGAUGAAGAUGGGUCAGGACUAUGAGGUGCCGCAUCAUGUCCGGCUCGUCAACAUGUCAAUACCUGAAGAUCCUCACU